AUGGUGGGAUCGGUCUCCUUCAUCAAGUCUUUGCCCCUACUGGCGGCAUCCGCCCUGGCUGGCGUGAACUAUCCGACCAUUCCUUCGGACCUGACUACCCCAUUCCAGCAGCGUCUUGCGGUCUAUGGUCCCACCUCUGUCUCCGUUGGGUGGAACACCUAUGAGCAGCUGAACUCGAGCUGUGUGGUGUAUGGCACUUCCGCUGACAACUUGAGCUCGCGCUCGUGCUCAACUGGAUCCAGCACCUAUGCCACCUCCCGGACAUGGUCUAAUGCAGUGGUGUUGAGCGGUCUGACUCCCGCUACAACCUACUACUACAAAAUCGUGUCCACCAAUUCCACCGUGAACCAUUUUCUCAGUCCACGCACCCCCGGGGACAAGACUGCCUUUAGCAUGGAUGUUGUAAUCGAUCUCGGUGUUUACGGCAAGGACGGCUAUACCACCUCGUCCAAGAAGAAGGAUACUAUCCCUGUGAUUGAGCCGGAGCUGAACCACACGACCAUUGGGGCUUUAGCUCGCACCGUUGAUGACUAUGAGAUUGUUAUUCACCCUGGCGACUUUGCCUACGCGGAUGACUGGUACCUAAAGUUUUCCAAUAUCCUGCAGGGUAAGGAAGCUUACCAGGCAAUUCUGGAGCAAUUUUAUGAUCAACUGGCUCCAAUUGCUGGUCGUAAGCCGUACAUGGCAUCCCCAGGCAACCAUGAGGCCGAUUGCUCGGAGAUUCCCUAUCUCAAUGAACUGUGCCCGGAGGGACAGAAGAACUUUACGGACUUCAUGCACCGCUUCGAGAAGACGAUGCCCAGUCCGUUCACCUCGUCCUCAACUAGCACCGCCGCCCAGGCUCUUGCCAGCAAGGCCCGCAGCUAUGCUAACCCACCCUUCUGGUAUUCAUUUGAGUAUGGAAUGGCCCACAUUGUCAUGAUUAAUACCGAGACCGAUUUCCCUGAUGCCCCUGAUGGCGUGGAUGGAUCUGCGAGCCUUGACAGUGGUCCAUUUGGUACUUCGGGCCAGCAGCUCAACUUCCUCAAGGCUGACUUGGCUAGCGUUGACCGCACUGUGACUCCCUGGUUGAUCGUCGCCGGCCACCGACCGUGGUACAGCACUGGCGGCUCCAAUAAUAUUUGCGAUACAUGCCAGGAAGCCUUCGAGGAUCUGUUUUACACCUACGGCGUGGAUCUAGGCGUGUUCGGACACGUGCACAACUCCCAGCGCUUCCUCCCCGUUGUCAACGGGACUGCCGAUGCGAAUGGCAUGAAUGACCCCAAGGCGCCGAUGUACAUCGUUGCUGGUGGAGCAGGUAACAUUGAGGGCCUGAGCUCUGUCGGCAUUAAGCCCUCCUACACGGAGUUUGCCUAUGCAGAUGAUUACAGCUACAGCACGAUCCGCUUCCUGGACGAGAACAACCUGCAGGUUGACUUUUAUCGCUCAUCGACUGGGGAGCUCUUGGAUUCUAGUACCCUGUACAAGAGUCAUAGUACUCAGUUUGUGGUGCAGUAG